UCCCCGGGCGGGGAGGCCUAUCGGCGUCGGACCCGCCCGCAGUGGAGACCCCGGAGUCGGAGACUCGCCGGAGCCCAGAUCCGUGCUCGGCGGAUUCGCGGUUCCCGCUUUCCCCGAGUGUGAAAAUACUCUCUCCACACCCCCAGGCCCCGGGGCCGGAAGAGCGUUCGGGCCGGCACCUCGGCCACGCCUGCGGCGCUCGGUCUGCGUGGGCGAGGGCCCGCUGAGGACGCGGGGUGCAGUUUAGACAUGAAUCACAGCAGCAGUGGAUGUGUGAAAAAGAUUACCAGUGUGAAUCUUGACAAACUCAUUCAUGACUUCUCACAGAUAGAAAAGAAGAUGAUAGAAACCACUGGAAAGAACAAUAUACUGGAUAUGCAGUUGGAAAAAACUAACUGUUUGUUAAAAGGAAUGCAAAUAAAGGAGGUCUCACUUAAAGAAGAAUGUGCAACUCUUCAUAAUAUGAUAAAAGGGCUACAACAGACAAUUGAAUAUCAACAGAAUUUGAAAGGUGAAAAUGAACAACUAAAAAGAAGUGCUGAUCUUAUGAAAGAAAAGUUAAAAUCUCAUGAACAGGAAUAUAAGAAUAAUAUUGCCAAACUUAUGAGUGAAAUGAAAAUCAGAGAAGAAGUACAUAAGGUAGAAAUAAAGAAACUUUGUCAGGAUAUGCAAAAAAAAGUUGAAUUAAAUGAAGAAAAGAAUAAAGAGCUGAUAGAGAAAAUGGAGGUGGAAAUUUCAGAGUUAAAUGGAAAGUUAAGAAAUCAAGAAAAGGAAAAACAAAGUGAAAUCAUCAAGCUACAGCUAGAGUUUGAUGCCAAACUAGCAAGAGUUCAAGCUAAGUCAAAACCAUAUCCAGAUUCUGCUGCUUUGCCACAGAGCAUCUACAGGAGGAAGCUUCAACACCUUCAAGAAGAAAAAAACAAGGAGAUUGCAGUUCUUCGUAACACCAUUCACAACUUAGAGCAACGCCUCUCUGUUGGCAAAGACUCUCACCUUAAACGUAGACGGGUUUAAGUAUAGCAGUAAAUUCAUUUGCUGUUACUUAAUUUCUUUAAAAGUAGUUGAAA